GGAGCUUUCAGCACCCCGCCUGAUGAAGCAGACACUGCAAAAUAUGCUGCAGGAAUGAGGGGAAUCUGGAAGUUGGUGAUCAGAAAGACACUGCCUGAGACCCAGAAGAGCCGGUGCUACUUAGAAUUGAGAGUUCUGACGGUACACCGAAUGAGCCUUGGCUCCCUUUGGCCUCACCUCUGGGCAAAAAAAGCUCUGCGGGUUUUUGAAACCACACCAAAAUUUGCAAAACUCGUUUACCAGAGCUGAGAACUCAGUCUCUUACCGCCUGCAAACUGAAGACCACACUGCCUGCCUUCAGAAAGAGAAAACCCGGAAAACUGCGCCGUCCUCAGUGGGGCUGUCAGGAGGGGAGCUGCAGGAGCUUGGCUGUGGCAGAGGCUGCAAGGCAGCGCCGGCUUUUUUCCGAGCACCGCGCAUUCUCGCUUCCUCUUGCAAGUCGGCGGGAGGACUCCAAGAAAAGGGGAAAGAGCUCCCUCUAGGCCGGCUGCAAAAGAAGCGCGGCCCCUUCUCUCCCCCACAGACGCGCCCAUUCAGGCUCCCAGCAUGGCCAAGCACGUUUUCCUCACGGGACCACCAGGAAUUGGAAAAACCACAUUGAUCCAGAAAACCCUUGAAGUUUUAAAAUCAUCAGUUGUCCCUAUUGAUGGAUUUUACACAGAAGAAGUGAGAGAAGGUGGCCGGAGAAUAGGAUUUGAUGUUGUCACUCUAAGUGGAAGAAGAGGAGUUUUGUCUAGGAUUGGAUCUAGCCCUUCAGUGGCAAGGCAUGAAUACCGUGUUGGCCAAUAUGUAGUAGACCUAGCUUCAUUUGAACAAUUGGUUCUUCCUUUGUUGAGACAGGCUGAUCUUGACAGCAGUGGAGUGAAAAAAGUCUGUGUAAUUGAUGAGAUUGGUAAAAUGGAGCUCUUCAGCCAGUCCUUUAUUCAAGCCGUCCAUCAAAUUCUGAGUGGCUCAGGAACUGUGAUUCUUGGAACGAUUCCAGUGCCUAAAGGAAAGCCUCUGGGGCUUGUUGAAGAGAUCAGAAAUAGCAAGGAGGUGAAGGUCUUCAGUAUUACAAGGGAGAACAGAGACAGCGUGUUGCAAGAUGUUGUGACAGCUGUGAAGAAUUGCCUAAAAUGAGAUGUUCAUUGAAAUCAUACCAUGGACUUUUGACAGCUCAACACACCUCCUCUUGAUGUUUAUGGGACUUUGUUGACUUUGACUAUGCAGAUAUGAGCAAUGCUAUUUUACAUCUACCUGCCAUUGCUUUCUGGUUAAUAUUUAUUAAGUUAACAGAUACAAAUAAGAAAAUUCACAAAUACAGGACAAUAUUGGGCUCUGAAAUCAGUAUCUUAGAUUAUUCUCUGAAUUACACUUAGUGAAAGAGUGGGCUUCCAUUUAAUCACAGCAGAGUUUGGCUCAGACCUUUCCCCCCAUGUAGCAGGUAACGUUUCUCAAACAUUUCAUAUUGGGUUGGAUCUUACUGCUUUCCUAAGCUAAAUGCAGAGUCUUCCCCCAGCAGAAAAGCUUUUCUUCCACAGGAAUGCUCUGCAUUUACCUGAGUGAUAGGAUCCAUUCCAUUGUCUCUUCUCUCUGAUACAUCACAAACACAAGCACAGUUCAAAUGUGUGGUGGGUGUGUGCCUAGAUUGUUCAUGGAAUGCUCUUCACUGCAAAUCUUGGUAAUUAAUGGUAAACAGACAAAUCAGUUUCAUUUAGCUGUUGAGGCAAGUACAGUGCAAAGGAUAGAAGCCACAGAAGCAAGAGGCUCUGUGCAUUUUUUCUGGUGUCCUUUUUAGGUCGAUGUUUCAAAGAAAUUGGCCUAACUUUAUUUUGCUUGUGUGGGAUCAUGACAAUUCAGGUUUUCCCGUGGUCCUUUUUGACUCUGUUUGCCUUUUAUUUCUGUAGGCAUUUCCUACUUUUCCAUUGAUCUGUAUUGGAUGACACUUCCUAUAGAGUAAUUGAUCUUUUCCUGUGACUUGGUUCUAUGUUUUACGGUGCAAGUAGAACAAUCUGUGUACACUAUUGCUUGACAGUAUUUGUUUUCUUUUGCAAUCCUUUGUCCCAUUUCCAGUUAAUAAAGAAACUGUA